AUACCUAGUGGUAUACCUCGUUCAUGUCCCUACCAUCCUUCUCAAACGUUCAGUCAUACUUAUUCUAUUGAGUGUCUACAUAUGCACCAUCGACUCCAAAUUCCAAGAACGGUCACAGACCCACUCUUCUUCCUGCUAAAACACUCACAGGAUGUGACUCCUCGUACAAUAUGUUGGCCAGCUAUUUGUAUCACUCUACAUUAA